AAUCGAUCUCCAUCGCUCUCGGAUAGAUUUGUGAUUAGGUAUUCAAGUAUUUGCUAAUAUCAUAUAUAUAGUUAAUAGUAUGCACAUAUGUGCUGCGUGCAUAUAUAUAAAAGAGAUGCUAAUCACUUGUCCCUCUCGGCCUCUCCUAUUGGUGAAGGAGACAGAGAAGAAGAGUAUUUUUCUUAUAAAUAAUCCUCUACCUCAAGCUACUAUUUACCAUGGCUAUGGUUCCGGUAACGCCACUACCUCCUCCAGCUGGCUUACAUAUUCUUCGUCGGAGCCCUACUACGACGGCGGCUUUGAGAUCUCCGGCAAUGGUUGCCGCCGCUAUGAGCCAGCAUUUUCUCGGGUUCUCUACUUAUAGUAGAUGCUUUGUAUUUAAAUCCUUAAGCCUAACGAGGGAUCCGGAGGUUUUGAGCCGUAGGCGGCGAGUAAGCACGGUGGUGUCUUCGACGGGAAACUUGACGGCUCCGUCGUCGUGGGAAUCUUGGAAGCCAGAUAAGAAGGCGGUGGCGACGCCUCUAUUGUUGAGUGAUGUCAUCUGGCCUGCAGCUGGAGCGUUUGCGGCAAUGGCAAUAUUGGGAAAAAUGGAUCAAAUGAUAUCUUCAAAGGGGAUUUCAAUGUCAGUUGCACCACUUGGUGCCGUAUCCGCCAUUCUUUUCACCACUCCUUCUGCUCCUGCUGCUCGGAAAUACAACAUGUUUUUGGCUCAAAUAGGCUGUGCUGCGAUUGGAGUGGUAGCGUUCUCCGUCUUUGGGCCAGGCUGGCUCGCCCGGAGCGUAGCUCUCGCCGCUUCCAUAGCUUUUAUGGCCAUUGCUCGAGCCAACCAUCCUCCUGCGGCGAGCUUACCAUUAAUGUUCAUAGAUGGAGCGAAGUUCCAUCACUUGAAUUUUUGGUACGCAUUGUUCCCAGGUGCAGCUGCUUGUAUCAUUCUCUGCCUUCUCCAAUCGAUCGUAUGUUACAUGAAGGAUAAUCUAAAAUUUUGAUUAAUUAUUAAGCUACAUAUACGAUCAAAAAUGACAAAUAUAAUAGUUAUAAUAAUGUACAAAGAUACACACAUUGGUGGGAAUCUUGUGAAGUAUUUGAUUCAUGUACACUUGAUUUGAAUGUAUGUAAAUGACUAUAUAUAAUACGUUCGUUCAGCAUAUGUAAUUCUCUGUUUCUC